AUGAAGAAGAUUUUAUUGCUGUGUUUGGCAAUUAAUUAUCUAGAAUGUUCUCCUAACCACGGUUCUGUAGUGGAGACACCGAAUGGACCAGUGAGAGGGGUACAAAAUGAAAAGGGAGAUUUCACUAUGUAUCUUGGAGUGCCGUACGGUGUGGUGGACGAAGAUAAUCCUUUUGGGGACGCAAAACCACCUCCCAAGUUCACCUCAGUCUUCGAAGCGGUGUCCGACUCCACACUUUGCCCACAAUACAGUGGACGCCCCGUUGGUGAGAUUAACUGUCUAAAGCUGAACGUCUACGCACCAAAUAAUAUCAAACCUAAAGAAAAACUUCCCGUCAUGUUCUACAUUCCUGGUGGCGGCUUCAUCGGAAACAAUGGCAACAGGGAGAUGUUGGGACCUGAAUUAUUGAUGAAACAUGACAUAAUCCUUGUAACCAUCAACUACAGAGCUGGAAUCUAUGGUUUCCUGUGUCUAGAUAUACCUGGUUACAAUAAUCAAGGAUUAAAAGAUCAGGUAUUGGCUCUGAAAUGGAUCAAAGAUAACAUAGAAAGUUUUGGUGGAGAUUCCAAUAGAGUUACCGUGUUUGGACAGUCUGCAGGUGCUAUGAGUAUAGAUAUACUGUUUCUUGUAAAAGAACCUUUAUUCCAAAGGGCUAUAAUACAAAGUGGGGUAGCACUCACACCUUGGGUUAUCGCAAAAAUGAAUAAUUCAGUACCCAUUAAUGUAGCUAAAGAAUUGGGUUUUAAAGGUGAUGAUGUAAAAGCAGCUUUGGAUUAUUUAAAAACUUUUAAAGCUACAGAUGUACUUGAAGCAACAAAUUCUUUGAAAAUUUAUGAUACUAAUAACCAUCCUUUAACAAAACCGUGUGUUGAAAAAGAAAGUGAGGUCGCUAUUUUGACAGAUUAUCCAGUAAACUUAAAGCCCAAAGUUAAAGAUUUAGAUAUCAUGAUCGGUCACACGCUGAGAGAGGCAUCAUUCAGAUAUCCAGUUUCUGAUGAAUCGUACUACGAUAAUUAUGUGUUUGACAUCGAACUUGAGCAAGAUUUCAAUGAAACUUUAGACGAAAAACAUGUCAGAAAUUUGUACAUCAAAGAUGAGAAAACAAGUUUAAACGUUCGUCCACAAAUUUUAGAUUUCGCAUCUGAUUUCGCCUUUGCUCACCCUACAGAAAGAACAGUUGACAGAUACCUAGAGGCAGGGGUCAAAAAUGUAUAUAAGUAUUUAUUUACGUACCAAGGUGAAAGAAAUAUUAUGACCAAGAUGAUGAAUACAACCGAUGGAUCGCUCCACGGUGAUGAUAUGGGUUAUUUAUGGAAUGCGGACAUUUUACCAGAGGAACCGAAUGCAGCUGAUCAGAAAAUGAUAGAUAUUAUGACUAAAUUGUACACGGAUUUCGCUAAAUAUGGAAACCCAACUCCUUCAGGCCCAACUGACUUAAUACCUGUAAAGUGGGAGCCAGCAGUUGGUGAGCAGAGGCCGUAUUUGCUCAUAGAUGAACCUCUUUCUCUGGAGCACAUACUCUUCAAUGAAAGAAUGGUGUUCUGGGAUGUGUAUUAUAAAUUACACGCUGAUAAAGUUAAAGGACGGGGCACGUUAUAG